AUGACAUCGAAACGUCGCAACGGCCAGUUGUCCUCCUGCGAGCCUUGUCGCAAGGCGAAACUGCGGUGCGACCAUGCAACUCCGACGUGCGGAAGAUGUGCUCAGAGACAGCAGACUGAGAUCUGUGUUUAUCAUCCAGCACCACUGACCCAGCCCAAGCCACUAGAAGGAUUAUCUCCAGUACCGAAGAAACGGAAGCGGGGCUCUUCAAUAGUGACGGAAAAGGCUAUCGCAUCGACCAACUUGCUGUCCAAGUAUCGAGUGCCGCCCUCUAACAGCCCUACAGCCCGCAGCGAGGAGGACGAUAAUGUAGACGAGACAUCGCACAUUAGGAGAACGGUGUUUUCAACGGGGUUUUUAGGACCAUCGAGUUACUGGGCGCCAUUUGAUAAGCCCGAAGAAAGUCCAAUCUUGGACAUUACUCCUGAAGGCUCGCCUCAAGACGAUAUAGUCACGCCCAUGGAAGCAACCAUGAAAGGCGCCUUGGUUGAUUUGGACCAGAUCGAGUGUGGUGCAAAGAUACUGGCUCUUUUUGAUGACCUACCUCUUUACUUGCAGUUACUGAAAGUCCGCUACCAACUUUGCGAGCCUUGGGUAUUUGGCCUCAGGCUUGCACGCGAAGUCUUUGGUCCGCUGACAGAGCUGCGUAAUCAAUGGAUGCAGGGCACAAAAAACAAAAAGUCUCAAACCAGAAUGCUGGCAUGGUCUAAAAGAAUAUUCGACAACAGUGCAAGUUCCAUCAACAUGGAUCGGUCGACGACGGUAUCUGAAUACUUUGCUAUCGCCACCCCAAGGUGGGAGACAAUCGCACUCAUGUUUACAUGGGUCGGUAUCGCGACAACCAUGAUGCCUGACAACCACGAAUGCCUUAAAUUAGACGAUGGAACGGUGAUUGACAAGAACAAACUAAGGUUGCUUAUGGUCGAGGUCGUUGAGCUUUGCCUGAGCUUUUGUGACAGCGUUGGCGCUAUGAGCGAUCCCCUGUGUUGGGCGUUGAUCCAGCAUACUUCGUUGCUCGCUGAAUCCCACGGUGAUAGCAACUAUAGAACAUGGAGAAGACUUGGGGAUCUGUCUACCAUGGUAUUUGCUCUUGGAAUCCACUGCCCAGAAACGAAUCCCAGUAUUCCAUUUUUCUUGAUUGAAAUACGUAGACGCGUUUUGAUUGCCUCUUAUACAAUAGACAAAACGCUUGCUACGCUGCUCGGAAGACCCCCGCGAAUGGCGUGGCAAUAUUGUGACAUCCAAGACCCUCUUGACCUCGACUACGAAGAAAUAUUCCCUGCAUCGGAUGAACAACGACAAGACAAACUGUUAGAAAAGAUCGGCCCGGAUGGGUGGAAUAUCGAAGGCCGGAUGACCUCAGGGUCAAAGGCUAGAUUAUAUGCUAUGUUUACCCCUAUACGAGAAAAAAUAUUGGCUUUGUCACUGUCACCACAUCCAGGCGACGUAGCCCAAAAGAUAUCCGAGACAUGGUCCGAACACAGACAGCUGCGUAUGGACUUGCCGCCUUUUCUUCAAUGGUCGCCUUCCUCAAUUAAUGGAACUAGCACAAUAUGUUUCUCGACGGAUUUCUUAGCAAACUUACAUCUUGAAUCCCUAAAUAAUGAGUUCAUUCUGUAUCACGUUCUUGUUAAAAGAACUGGCCAGGGAAAAACAGAGUUUUUGAAUUUGGCACGAGAGAUAUUAAGUGCAGUGUUGCUUACUUUCUUGCGUUCUUCCGUCCCCCGAAUGGAUUUCCACCUGACAUGGAAUCUUUGUUACCUCGGCCUUCCCUGUGCUGGCGUACUAGCUCGAGAGCUACUUGAGAGAUCUCAGCAUCAGCAGCAGAAACGCACUUCCAAUGACCAACAACGAUCCCCACCCAUUCCCGCGCCAUUUCCUCGCUCCGAAGUUAUCCAAAACUUGAGCGUCUUUGCCUCUCAUCUGGAAAGUACGCUUGAUAUUCGAGAUGGGAAUUAUGGAAUCGCGCAGAAAGGGCUACACGCCAUACGCAGCGUCCUUGACCGUAUUCUGUCCGACGAUGAUGACAUUCCCAGCAGUGCUGCGGCAGAUACUGAUACCACAGCACGGUCAGAACCGACUGACACGAUGGCGAUAACGAGUGGCCCUGGAGACUGGCCUCCUACGAUACCUACUUUUUACUCUGAAGACGGGAACGCCGCCGAGUUUAUGACGUGGUUGGAUAAUAUCGACUGGGCGCAAGAGUCUUUACUGACUUUUAGCUGA